ACCCGGAGAUUCCUCUUUUUGGGUUCCGAUCUCGAUCUCUCUGGAAACCCUAGCUCGGAGCGGGGGAUGGAGGCGCCGGAUCUCUUCCACGCUGGUUUCUGCCGCGCUGGGGCCGCGCAUUGCGGGCCGGAGAAGGUUGGAGGUGGAGGGGAGCAGUUCGUGGUCGAGGAUCUGCUGGAUUUCUCCAAUGAGGAGGAGGCCGCGGGGUGGGGCGCCGCCGCCGAAGAAGAAGGCGGAUCCGAUGGCGCCGCUGAAAAUUUGACUGGUUCCUCCACCGUCAAGGCCACGGACAGCUGUUGCAACUCCUUGUCCGCUUGUGACCGCGAGGCUGUCUUCCGUCGGAGCAUGGCCGACGCCGGCCUCCCAGACGACUUCUGUGAACCGCAGUACGAUGCAAUGGCGGAGCUGACGAAGCUCGAAUUCGAGUGGGCGAUGUCCGAUGUCUCAGAGGAUUCUUUCUCCAGCAAAGACCUGCACAAGCUUCAUCUCAUCAGCGGUGUCAAUUCCACCGCCUCCUCUUCCUCGUCGUGCACCGCCACGGCCACCGCUUUGGCAGCUGCCUGCCAGGCCGACCAAGUGUCCACCUUCCGCCCCGAGGCGCCCGUCCCGGGCAAGGCGCGGAGCAAGCGCUCCCGGGGCGCCCCUGGCAAUUGGUCCUCCCGGCUGCUUGUCCUGUCCCACUCGGCCGCUGAGGCUGGGCCGUCACAGGACUCGGAGCUCAUCGCGCCACCCGCCGCCGUUGCCUCCAAGAAGCCCCAGAAGAAGGAGUCGGCGGGGGUGGUCACCACUGCCAAUAACGGGCGCCGGUGCCUCCACUGCCAGACUAACAAGACGCCGCAGUGGCGGACGGGGCCGAUGGGCCCCAAAACACUAUGCAACGCCUGCGGCGUCCGCUUCAAGUCUGGCCGCCUCGUCCCGGAGUACCGCCCAGCCGCCAGCCCCAACUUCGUCGUCUCCCAGCACUCCAACUCCCACCGCAAGGUCCUCGAGCUCCGCAGUCAGAAGGAACUCCAGCAGCAACUUGCCGCCCCCACUAGCGCCCUCUACGACCCCCCUCCGGCUUCCCUCCCCGGCGGCUUCUUGAUCCACGACCCCGACAUCCGGUACCUCAUCUAAUUAAUUACUGCAGGACAAAUUUAACCAUUAGGGAAUUUAAUCUUCUAGGCAUUAAUCUUUUGCACCAACUCAUUCUAAUUUUCCCUCAAUAUGCUCUUUUUUCCCUGACCUUCAAAGAUCAAAUUUUGAUCAAUUUUGAUUCAUAACGGAUAGAAUUUGUAUAUUUUUUUUCUGGGUAAAUUGAAGAGAAGUACAAGAAGAAUGGGAACUAGAAUUACUACCAUUACA